GCAGCGUUGUUUUCGGGGCCUAUACUUCCGUCAUGUUAUAUCUCUCUGCAUAAACACUGUGGAGUUUUGUUGCAUGUGUGGCUGUGUGGGUGUAGGUCGUAGUAACACCACUCGGAAUCCAACUCGGAUGCGUGAACCUGCGCUUUGCAGGAGCAGUUAAACUUGUUUUUGCACCGCAGCAGCGGCAGCAGCGUGCCUGGAUCUCUCCCUGAAACAAGCAGACGUCAGACCUCGCCUUCUCGCUGCUGCUGCUCUUACACUUUUAUCGCAAUUCAAAUCACAGCAUUGCUUGCGGGGUUUGCACCGCAGAUACACGGGCUAUGUGGCGGAGUGGACGGCAUGCUGGUGGAAGCUGUUAGACGUUUAUCGGCUUUUUAGUUUUAAACACCGUGCCUUGGCGGAAAGGAGAGGAUUUCGUUUUAUUUAAGGUCAAUUGAGGAUGAAUGAACAGGAGAGUGGGGUGGUCUCCUUUGAUGAAUAUGUGCGACAGAAGGCCCGCACUGUGCCUCAGCACAGGAUGAAGGAGUUCCUGGAGUCUCUUGCCAAGGGCCCAGAGGUGCUGCAGGAGUUCAGCCAGCAGGGAGGGGCAGCCACCACCACCACAGCCAUGGUGUACCAGCAGCAGGGCGCCAACUGUGUCUACGCAGACAGCACAGAGGUGGCUGGCUCUCUACUAGAGCUGGCCUGUCCGGUACAGGUGACCUCGGCAGACAUUUCACCUCACCUGUCUGUGCAUCAAGAGUCUGAACAGCAGCUUCAGGUGCAGGUUCAGAUUCAGGAACAGCAGGGCCAAACAGUUGGCCAGGUUCUUCAGGUGGCCUCGCCCUCACAGCAGGACCUGCAGGGAAUCUCAACAGCCCAUCUUGUACAGCAGGGAGAGCUCACAGAGGAGCAGCAGCAGCAGAUUCAGGCGCAGCUGGUUGCAGCUGUAGCUGGAGGACAACAAAUCCAGUUGUCGAGUGGACAACAAAUCCAGUUUCAAGGAACACAGCAUAUUCAGCUGCCAGGCGGCCAGCAGAUUCAACUUCAGGCUGGCCAACAGAUUCAACUACAGGGUGGCCAACAGAUUCAACUACAGGGUGGCCAACAGAUUCAACUACAGGGCGGCCAGCAAAUUCAGCUACAUGAUGGCCAACAAAUUCAGCUACAGGGUGGUCAACAAAUUCAGCUACAAGGUGGUCAACAGAUUCAGCUACCAAGUGGUCAACAGAUUCAGCUACAAGGUGGUCAACAGAUUCAGCUACCGAGUGGUCAGCAGAUCCAGAUUCAGACCAUAGAGGCCAUGUCUCCUUCGCAUCAACAGGACUCUCCCAGAGAGGCAGAGAGGAGGUCCGCCACUGUCUCAACUGUUCUCCAACCUGCCAAGAAGCGUAAGGUGGAUGUCCCUCUAUCUGUGUCGUAUGCUGUUCCACAGGGCCAGCAGGUGGCCACAGUUCUAGCCAUCCCUCAAGGGCAGCAGCAGAGCUACGUGUCCCUACGACCAGAUCUGCUCACUGUUGACAGCGCCCAAUUGUACAGCGCUACAGGAACUAUCACAGGUCCCACAGGUGAGACGUGGACCAUCCCUGUGUACUCUGGUCCACAGCAGCAGGGGGUAACCCACAUUGCCAUACCACAGGACUCAUACAGCACAGUGCAAGUUACCACCACCAACGGUAAGGACAAAAUGUCCCCCGGUUCCUCUUCAAGAUCCGCAGAUGUGCAGUCGGCCUCCGCUGGGACGCAGGAAGAAAUCGUACAGACCCUGCAGUUCAUGAACGGGAACAUUCACAUCCCUGUGGCAGUGCAGACUGUCGGAGGGACUUACAACACUACACAGUCAGUACACAUAUGGGACCCAAGUCAGCAGCAGAGCCAAGGAGACGAGGGACAAGAGCAGCAGCUCCAUCUGCAGGGUCACAUGGAGGCAGAGGCUCACGCUGAGCCGCCUACAGAGAUUCUGGUUCCUGUUUGCCUAAAGCCAGAGGAGGGCCUGGAGGUCUGGCGUCUUUGGGUGACACGAAAAAACGCAGAGCUAAACAAGCAGGAAAAGACAAAGCUCGCACCCAUAGGACGUCGUCAGCCGCUGCGUUUCCAAGAAGACUUGGUGUCCAGCGCAGUAGCCGAGCUGAACCUGGGUCUUUCCCUCAUGACGCAGGAGGCACGAGGAUCAGAGGAAGAGCAAUUCACAUCUGACGUUCUAUAUUAUGUUUUCUUGUGUAUACAAAAGUACCUCACGGAAAAUGGACGUGUGGAUGACAUCUUCUCUGAUCCGUAUUACACACGUUUUUGUGGGUGUUUACACAAAAUCCUGGAUGGUUGGAAACCCAGUGUCCAUCCUUUAGGUUAUGUCAUUCCAAGUCAUGUGACAGAGGAGAUGCUGUGGGAGUGCAAACAGCUCGGUGCACAUUCACCAUCCACGUUGCUUACAACUUUAAUGUAUUUCAACACUAAGCAUUUCCACCUGAUGACACCAGAACAGCACAUGAAAGUAGCUUUCUCCAAAGUCCUGAGGCACACGAGGAAGAACCCCGCCAAUGCCAAGGACAAAGCAACCAGUAUCCGCCUUCUCAAAGGACAAGGUCCCCACAGCGCAGCACAGAAAGGUGCUCAAUACAGAAACGAUGACAUGUACGAAGAGCAGAUCGAGGAUCCUGAGAAUCCUCUUCGCUGCCCCAUUAAACUUUACGACUUUUAUCUCUUCAAAUGUCCUCAGAGUGUUAAGGGACGUAAUGAUGCAUACUACAUGACUCCAGAGCCUGUUGUUGCACCAAACAGUCCGAUGUGGUACUCCUCUCAGCCCCUCACGAGCCAGCAAGUGGAGCACGUGCUGGCCCGUAUCCUCGUGGUCCGAGAGAUCCAGGAUAUCAUCAGCCGUCAUGAGCUGAACUGAGCGGGACUGGUCGGACUCAUGGGAACUUUUUCUCCAGUCACUGAUUGUUGACUAUGCAGUAUCCAUCCUGACUCUAUAAACCUCAGUGACCAUCAUCUCAAAUCAAAUGGAACAAUCAUCAUUUCUCCCGGAGGAGUGCAUCAUCAAAGCAAAGAUUUUUUUUUUCCUCUUACAUUUUGUUUUCAGCUGAUGGGUUGGACUGUUCUUUCUCUUGACUACCUUUGUAAGCCAUUGCCUCUGUAACCUUUAAACUGGCAUGUAAGGGAGGCUUUAGUCUCACCACUGCUGGACUGUGAUUGACCUCCUGCCCUCUGAGCUCAGCAGAGGUGGUACAUCUUCCUGUAAAAGUAUCAGUAUGAUAUGAGGAUAUUUAACCAUUCACUACUUAACCUCACAGACUGUUUACCACAUCUUCAAAGUCCCACUAUGAUACAUGACAUCUUAAUGGACAAUGACAGGGACCACUGCUCACAACUCUUUUUGUAUACUGACUGUAUUUUGGAUCACGUAUUGUUACGUUCAAAGCUGAAGAACUUGUGCCUGUUUUCAAAAACAACGUCAUAAUUUAUGCUUGUGGAUUAUUGGAGUCGAACCUCAGAUAUAUUCACAAGGUCAAAGUGCUAUAUAACGUAGUCAUUCAGGAGAUUGGAAAUAUAUUUUUUCUCAGGUCAAAGCUAGUGAUUUAAACACCCAUUGAGGACUUUUGCCAACAUAUUCCUGUAUGUAUGUACAGUAGGUGAUUAAACAGGAUGUGCAGAUGGGAA